GAAGUUAAUUAAUUAAUUAAAAUGGGAAGGGAGUCCUCUGUUGCAAAAAAUAGAGUGGGUUACCCGUGAAGUUCGACCUAAUAUCGUCCCAAAACGAGCACGGACAUUGAACCAAACUCAACGUAACCCUUGUGUUUUUGCGAUUUAUAUUGCACACAAGACUGGAUUACCGUGGGUAGCGUAUGAGCGUUUCCCUUGAAAAGGCAGGUGUAUGAAUCGGAUACAGCGACGGCAGUAGCAGGAAAUCGCCAUGGAUCCAUCCCAGCACCCUUCGCAGCCGGAACAAGUUUCCUCAGAAGCGUUCAGCGCAUUGCCAUCUUCACAAAUCCAAGCCCCCUCGUAUGCACACGACCCGAAUCAAGCAGCAUAUGCUUACUAUCCACCAUCGUAUCAGUACUCAUACUACGAUCCGGCGCAACAAGCGGCAUAUGACUACUCAAACGCCUAUUACCAACAGCCCCACCAAGAACAACCAACAUCCACAAAUCCGGCACAACCAACAUCUGCUGAUCCUGCAGCCGCCGCCGCCGCAGUUCAAUACCAAUAUUCAUAUUACCAGCAGCCGCUACAACAUGGGGUGGAAUAUGGAGGGGCGUACGGAUCCGUGGCUACAACCCACAUUGGGGCACCCGCCGGCCAGAAAUGGUUAGUCACAAGAAUUGGAAUUCGUUGAAGAUUUUGAUGAUGUUUGAGAUGGUCAUGCAAUCAUCAUCACAUAGAGGCGGCAGAGGGAGAAGGGGUGGUCGAGGAGGUGGGCGGGGAGUAGGCCGUCGAGGUCCAACUCUGACCCAUGCAUCAGCACAACCUUCAGCUCCCGUUUGGCCACCCCCUCGUAUGGCGUGGUGCGAACUCUGCAGGGUUGAGUGCAACACUCCUGAAAUCCUCGAGCAGCACAAGAGCGGAAAGAAACACCUAAAGAACUUCAAAGUUCAGGAAGAAUUGCACCGAGUCGUGGCUGCUGCCAACACUGCUCAGGUUCAGCCGUCAGAGGGAGUUGGACCUUCUUUGGCAACACCCGAAGUGAAUGCAUCUGCUGUUAACGAAGGAGGAGAAGGUCAAGUGCGCGGAUUGAAGCGCAAGGCGAGAGGCGGCGGUCGGGGAGGAGGAGUGGGAAAGAGUUUGAGGAGAAAACCAACAAACGGCCCUAAAGGAGGACACAUUCCUUUAAUAUGUGAGCUAUGCAACGUCACUUGUGAGACACAACUGGUUUUCCAGACCCAUCUGAAUGGGAAGAAGCACAUAGCAAACCGCAAACGGUUUGAGGAAUCAGAGGCCGCGUUUGGGCAGGCGGCAGCCCAGGCGUUAUAUCCAGCUCUUCAACAACUUGUUCAGAUGGCAGCACUGGAUCCUCAAUUUCUUCUUCUUCAGCAGCAGCAGACGGUUCUUCCUGGAGGAGGAGGUACUCAGGAUCUACCUUUGGUCUUCAAUCAAGUACCACCGCCAACAGCAGUGACACCACCAGCGGCGACAGAGGCAGAAGAUUUGGUGAAUCCUCCUAACCCUCCUCCGGAGAACCAUGAAGCUCCUCCGUCAACAGCAGUGACACCACCAGCGGCGGCUGCAGAGGCAGCAGUCGCCACCUGAUGUGUAGUAAUUCACCAUUUCGUUAGCUGUGACAUCUACUAUGUGAGCCUGAAUUAGAAAUAACUUGUUGCCAUUGUGUUUCGCAAAAUGACGAACCUUUUACGUAGUUCGGAAAAGAAAGGAAUAUGAAUCUUCAGAACCUGAGUUCAGUUUAUUACUACUUGCCCAUUUUAGUCCCCUGACUUUUAUAUAGGUUGUUUGGCCUUUGUUUGGUAGUUUCACUAUUGAAUUGUUGUCAUUAUAGAACUUCAUUGGCUUUCAAUAUAUUUAAAAUAUACGGAGUUGUGUUAUAUGUUUAACUAUAGACAUUUAUCUUCCAGAGUUCCAUCGGUGAACAUAUGACAGACAACCCAAAAGGCCAAAACCGAUGGAAAC